CGGGUUUUCUCUGCUGCCCCACAAUCCUUAGCUACUUCCGUCUCCGCGCAGCCCUCAUGGGAACUUCCUGUGGCGAUGGCUGCGGCGGUGGCUGGGAUACUUCGAGGAGGUCUCCCGCCCCGGGCGGCUUGGCUACCCACCUUCCAGACUGUGCGCCAUGGCUCCAAGGCUGUGACCCGCCACUGGCGAGUCAUGCACUUUCAGCGGCAGAAGCUAAUGGCUAUAACUAAGUAUAUUCCUCCCAAACCUGCCAUCAACCCGAGAUGCCUACCACCUCCUCCCAAGCCCCCCAAGGAGGAGUCAGGCCUCAUCCGGCUCCUGCGUCAGGAUAUAGUAGCAGUUUUUCGGGACAACCGAAUGAUAGCUGUCUGCCAGAAUGUGGCCUUGAGCGCAGAGGACAAGCUCCUCCUGAGGCACCAGCUACGGAAACACAAGAUCUUCAUAAAAGUCUUCCCCAGCCAGGUCCUAAAGCCUUUUCUAGAAGGUUCCAAAUUCCGAAACCUGCUGCCGCUUUUUGUCGGACACAAUCUGCUGCUAGUCAGUGAGGAACCCAAGGUCAAGGAAAUGGUGCGGAUCUUAAAGAGCAUUCCCUUCCUGCCGCUGCUGGGUGGCUGCAUUGACGACACCAUCCUCAGCAGGCAGGGACUCGUAGACUAUGCCAAGCUGCCCAGCCUGGACCGAUACUUGCUGCACCCACACUUCCUGAUUGCCACAGGGCUGACCUGGUAG